AUGCACACUUCGAGGGCGAGUCUGGUAGAGUUGGCCGCGUCGGUUGAGGCGGAUCUUGGUGGGCCAGUUGGUCCGGUGGCUGUGCCGUCAGCAGUUGCUUCUGCUACCCAGCCUCGGGGUCAGCAUCAGCAGCCGCGCAGCAGCAGCAGCAGCGCAGAGGUGGUUCGAGUUUCAGUUCUGGUUCUGGCAGGGGCGGUUUGCCUGCGCAGGGUCAGAAGAGGAGUAGAGAGGAGUUUUCUGGUGCUAGUCAGUUUCCUCGUGGUUCCUGUUGUGGGAGCACGGAGCAUCGUGUUUCGAGUUGUCCCAGAGAGAGUCAGCACCAGGGUGUGCUACUACUGCAAGGAGCCUGGGCAUAUCAAGCCCAUGUGUCCUAAGUUGCGGAGUAUGUCGGUGGCUUCGGUUCAGCCAGUAGCGGCUCAGCCAGUGAGUCAGAUCGCAGCAGUGCAGCCGUUGGGUCAGAUUGCACCGGCGCCGCGGGGUUACUCUUCAGUGGAGACUGGCGGGACUAGUCAGACCGGACAGAUCACAGGGACCUUGUUAGUGGGCGGUUUUGAGUCCCACGUUUUAUUCGACUCUGGAGCAUCGAAUUGCUUCAUUACACCGGAGCGUGCCGAGAAGAGUGGCAUCCGGAGUAGCGCGGGCGAGAGCGCGGGCAUGGUCAAGGUGGCGGGAGGUGGAUUCUUGUCUACUUUGGGCCGUGCUAGAGGAGUCGAGAUCGAGAUUGCGGGGCAGUCAAUGCCAGCAGACUUAGUCAUCAGUCCGGUGGAGCUGUAUGACGUUAUUCUCGGGAUGGACUGGUUGUCACACUACAGAGUUCAUCUGGAUUGCUACAGAGGUAGAGUGGUCUUCGAGCGAGAUGCAGGGAGGUUGGUUUAUCAGGGAGUGAGACCGACUUCCGGGAGUAUUGUGAUAUCUGCUAUUCAGGCCGAGCAGUUGUUAGAGCGGGGCUGUGAGGCGUAUCUGGCGACGAUUUCUAUGUCUGAGUCAGGAGCUGGAGUUGUUAUGGGAGAUAUUGAGGUUGUCCAGGAUUUUGAGGAUGUCUUUCAGUCACUGAAGGGAUUACCACCAUCUCGGUCUGAUCCUUUCACGAUUGAGUUAGAGCCGGGGACAGCACCGAUAUCGAAGACGCCUUACAGGAUGGCGCCAGCUGAGUUGGCAGAGCUGAAGAAGCAGAUAGAGGACCUUUUGUCUAAGGGGUUCAUUCGACCGAGUGUUUCACCGUGGGGAGCACCGGUGUUGUUUGUGAAGAAGAAGGAUGGAGUUUCAGACUUUGUAUCGAUUACAGAGAUUGACUUGGCAUCGGGGUAUCAUCAGAUCCCGAUAGAUGAGGCAGAUGUCAGGAAGACUGCUUUCAGGACGCGUUAUGGGCAUUUUGAGUUUGUGGUUAUGCCUUUCGGUUUGACUAACGCGCCGGCAGCCUUCAUGAGAUUGAUGAACGACGAGGAGCAUGCGACUCACUUGAGGUUGGUUCUGGAGAAGCUUCGGGAGCAGAAGCUUUUUGCUAAGUUGAGCAAGUGCAGUUUCUGGCAGCGAGAGAUGGGAUUUCUUGGCCACAUUGUUUCUGCAGAGGGAGUUUCUGUGGAUCCGGCUAAGAUUGAGGCUAUCAGAGAUUGGCCUAGACCUAGUAGUGCCACCGAGAUCAGGAGUUUUCUGGGUUUGGCAGGAUACUACAGGAGGUUCGUCAAGGGGUUUGCUACCAUGGCGCAGCCGAUGACGAAGUUGACCGGGAAGGAUGUCCCUUUUGUUUGGUCAGCUGAGUGUGAGGAGAGCUUUAGUCAGCUCAAGGAGAUGUUGACUACUACACCAGUGUUGGCGUUACCCGAGCCAGGGAAGCCUUACAUGGUGUAUACAGAUGCUUCAGGCAUUGGUCUUGGUUGUGUGCUGAUGCAGGAGGGCAGAGUGAUAGCAUAUGCUUCGAGACAGUGGCAGGGCAGUGAGCGUAACCGUCCUACACAUGACUUAGAGUUGGGAGCAGUGAUCUUCGCGUUGAAGAUUUGGAGGUCUUACUUGCUAGGUGAGACAGUACAGGUCUUCACGGAUCACAAGAGUUUGCAGCAUAUCUUCACUCAGCCGAUGAUGAACGCGAGACAGACGCGCUGGGUUGAGUUCUUGGCGGACUAUCAGGUGAGCAUUAACUACCAUCCGGGCAAGGCUAACCUAGUGGCGGACGCGUUGAGUAGACGGAGGUAUGAUUCCGCAGUUGAGCGAGAUGUGGAGUCUCUAGUUGGCGAGAUCAGUACCUUGCGUUUGUGUGCCAUUUCGCAGGAGCCUUUGGGUUUAGAGGCAGUGGAUCAGGCGGAUCUACUUAGCAGGAUCAGAGUUGCUCAGCAGAGUGAUCAGAGUUUGCUGGAUGCGACGAGAGUGACUGGUUCUGAGUAUGAGGUCUCUGCGAAUGGGACUAUCUUGGUUCGUGGGCGAGUUUGUGUGCCUAAGGAUGUGGAGUUGAGACAUCAGAUUUUGGGAGAGGCUCACGCGAGCAAGUUUUCCAUUCAUCCGGGAGCGACCAAGAUGUACCAUGACCUCAAGAGGUACUAUCAUUGGGUCGGGAUGAAGAGGGAUGUAGCAGACUGGGUUGCGAAGUGCAACACUUGUGCCUUGGUGAAGGCAGAGCAUCAGGUUCCGGGUGGUCUUUUGCAGAGUUUACCCAUUCCAGAGUGGAAGUGGGACAGGAUUACGAUGGAUUUCGUGGUUGGACUACCUGUUUCGAGGACUUUCGAUGCUAUCUGGGUGAUUGUGGAUCGGUUGACUAAGUCCGCACAUUUCUUGGCCAUCAAGAAGACAGAUGGAGCUGCUGUCUUGGCUAGGAAGUUUGUGCGAGAGAUUGUGAGGCUGCAUGGAGUGCCAGCUAGUAUUGUGUCAGACCGUGAUCCCAGAUUCACUUCAGAGUUUUGGAGGGCGUUUCAGGCAGAGAUGGGCACUAAGGUGCAUCUGAGUACAGCUUAUCAUCCGCAGACAGAUGGUCAGUCAGAGAGGACUAUUCAGACUUUGGAGGAUUUGCUGAGGAUGUGUGUGUUGGAUUGGGGUGGCCAUUGGGCAGAUCACCUGAGCUUAGUUGAGUUUGCAUACAACAACAGCUUUCAGGCGAGUAUUGGCAUGGCUCCAUUUGAGGCUUUGUAUGGGAGGCCAUGUAGGACACCCCUAUGCUGGACCCAAGUGGGGGAGCGCAGCAUGUAUGGAGCUACUUAUGUUCAGGAGACGACAGAGAAGGUUCGUGUUGUGAGGCUGAACAUGAAGGAGGCUCAGGAUAGGCAGAAGAGUUAUGCAGAUAGACGCAGACGAGAGCUUGAGUUUCAGGUGGAGAUAGAGUUUAUCUCAAGAUGGCUAUGUUGA